GGCCACCGUGCCGCCGCCCCGGAGAGGAAGCGAUCACGCGUCGGGGCGUAUAAGUAACGGGGCCACGGGCGGGACGCGGCGGUGACCCAGAGGAACCCAGGACCCCGAGGGAAGGUGAAGGGCUGAGGCGGCGUCCCCAGCACUUGUACGACGCAGCAGCCAUGAUGAUGUCCGUGCCCACCGCGGAGAAGCGCCCCCUCAAGCGUCAGAAGCUGGGCCCUCCUGACGUGUACCCCCAGGACGCCAAGCAGAAGGAGGAUGAAUUGGAUGAUGUGAGUGUGAAGCAAGGCUUCACCCAUCGGCCACAGAUUCAAGAUGAGUACAGCAGCGCCAAGAGCACAUCCAUCACCCCAGCCAAGGUUGCAAACUACUUCAAUGCCAUCCUCAAGAAGAAGGCAGAGUGCAACCAGCUUCCCGAUACUGCCAGGAAGAAACAGCAGAUCAAUAUUAAAGACAACUUCUGGCUUGUCACACCAAGGUCCAAAGCAGCAAUUGAGGCCUGGUUCAAAGAUCUUGCUGGGUCAAAGCCUUUGACUUCUCUUGCUAAAAAGGUUCCAAUAUUCAGCAAACGAGAAGAUAUGUUCCUGACGCUGUGCGAGUAUUCUGUUCCUAUGUUGAGGGCAACCUGGUUUAUCAAAAUGACAUCUGCUUAUCAUGAGUCAAAAGUAGCAGAAUCAAAAAUAAAGAAGCGACAACAGCCUGACAUUGCACAAGAGUGGACCCAGACUCUCACCAGACUCUUGAGGGAGCAGCUGAACAAAAUAGCGGAGAUAUACCUUGGCAACCCAAACUCCUCCGCGGCCACCCCCCCUGUGGGAGCACCACCGGGGAGCACAACACCUGGGGGUACGCUGACAUCACCCGCGUCAGUGUCAAGCAACCCAGGCAGCACACCAACUCAACCUCCACAGUCCUCACCACACAACCAGGGGGUAUCAGGGUCCUCCAGUGGGGCUACAACAACAGGUGCACCCGGGCAAACCACAACAGCCCAGCUGGCUCAUGUGUUGCGCAACUGGAAUUAUUGCCUUCAGCUUGCCCACUUCAUGUACCAGGAAGGGCUCCUUGAUCGUCAGGAGCUUUUAGAGUGGGUUGUUGAAGCAUUUGUGCGUUGGCGAGGACCAGAACACGAUGUAGUAAUGAGGGUGGUGUUGCCCUUGCCUCUACAAUACUUGGAUGAAAUAACACAAUCUGAGUAUCUUUCCCGCAAGUUGGCGCACUACUCGGCUGCCAAACUGACACAGCUCUGCCACGAUUCAGGUUAUUCUUCACCAAGACCUCAGUCACCUGUUAAUCCAAGCAGUAAUGGGAUAAAUGUGAGUUCUCAGACAACAGGUAACAAUCAGCCUGCUGGACCCACUGUCAACCCCCUGAUGGCCACCUUCCAGGAAUUGCUGUCAUGUCACCAGCACCGCCCAGUUGUCCGGGCAACCUCCUGCUUCAUUCAGGCAAUUACACUUGACUGCCCAACUGCCAUGGUAUGGAACAAUGCCGGAGAAGGGAAGGCAUCGUCAUGGCUCACUGGCUCCCCUCUGGACCUUCUUCCCUGCCCUCCCUCAGACCUGCCCAUGCCCCCACGCUAUAACAACCAGCACGUCAGGGCACAGCUUCGCAUGAUGGAGGAACACAUCCGCCAGCGAAGCCGCGCCGCAGAGAACAGAUGGUCACUGGAUAAGUAUGCCGUUAAUGUGGCUGGAUCCACCAUCAACAGGGUGCUUGGUGCUCUGGACUCCCUUGACCGGCACUGCUUUGAUCGAGUUGACUCCAAUAACUCUCUUGAUACUCUCUACAACAAGAUAUUUGGUUCCUCGAAGGAAACAACAAAUGAGAAUCCAAGUAGCAACAGCAGCUGUAGCAGUAGUGCAUAUCCUGGAAACAACAGUAGUAGCAGCAGCAGCAGCAACAAUGCGGCCAACAACAGCGAUGAAGCGAUCGUGAGGACGCUAUGUGAGUGGGCCGUCUCGGUGCAGCGCUGCGGAGAACACCGAGCCCUGGUAGUUGCUCGACUCCUAGAGAAGAGACAAAAUAACCUGUCACAAGCUGAAAAUGACAUGCCAGAUGAAAAAGACUCUGUGACCUCAAACCAGAUGGCAACACCGGGGGGAUGCACCUUUCAGGGAUUGUUGCUGAAGUUUUUGGACACCCAGGCACCUGUUUACGAUGAGAAUGCAUUGUCUGUCAGAUCGCAGGAGUUUGGCAACUUGGUACUCUUGUUUUCGGAGUUGAUUCGUCAAGAUGUGUUUAGUCACGACACUUACAUGUGUACGCUCAUCUCUCGAGGAGACCUUGCCACAGGAACGCCUGACCUCAAAGCUGACUCUUCAUUUGGGGAAAAGAAAGAAGAUGGUACUGACAACAUUGACGAUGACCUCGGGAAGAUAUUACAGAAGAUUGCAGUCAACACCAGCUUGGAAGAGUCAGGGUCAGGAGGGAGAGGGGAUCUUGGAGGGGAGGGCAAACAACGGCCUCCCAGACACCUGGUAUAUGCCCAACACUUUCCACUCCCACAAGACGAUGCUUACAUGCAUGAGAUCAACCAGCGCUAUGUUUUACUUUAUGGAGUGGGCAAGGCGAGAGACGAGGCAAGAGCAGCAGUGAAGAAGCUGACCAAAGAAAUAUGCAAACUAUUCAGUAAAAAGUGUAGCAACGAUAUUGCUGAAGGAGGCAAAGUAAAGAAAUCAUCACGUGGAGAGUUCAACUUUGAAAACAUCCUCAGCCGCUUCUGUACUUUAUCAUAUUUUGACCAGCACCACAUCACCAGCACCGUGGCCUCCCUGGUUUUGGAAAUGCUAUCUGGCUGUGGUUCUGGCAUGUCUAACUAUCUGCCAACUCAUGACCAUAUUGCCUUCCUCAUGGAUCUCAUGGAGGUGGCCCUCAAUGUGCAUGGCCUCAUUGAGCUCUGCAUCCAGAUGAUCAAGGAGGUCAGUGAGAUAGAGGCUCAGCUGGUGGAGCGAGGAUGUCAGGCAAUCGGGUACUGCCCCACUCUGCUGCUUCAUGUGGUAGGGGUACUCAGGAAGUACCAUUGCUGUUUGUUAGUCUCCCAGGAACAAACCUCGGCUAUUUUUGAGGGCUUGUGUCGUCUAGUGAAGGCCAAUCCCUCAGAAUGUACCUCCCCUGAGCGAGUGGUCUUCUCCUACCUAUAUGAUCUCUAUGCCUCCUGCUCAUUUCUCAAGUCCAAGCACCAUGAGAUAUUCUCUGCUAUGUACCCCAAGCUGAAGCAGACUCUCUACGCCAGCAUCAACCCCGCCCAAGGCACCUACAGAUGGAAUAUGCAGUUCAUGGAUGAUUACAUAAAAAACCCAAAAUUGAAGAUUGAUCCAGGGGUACCAAAGCAGCUUGCAGAUCCCACCAAUCGGUACAGCUUUGUGUGCAAUGCGAUCAUAGAUGCUUGUUCCCCCAACACAUCCAAUGAAAAACUGAAUGAUAUGGCCAUCCUCUGUGCUGAAUUGACUGCAUCCUGCAAUGCAUUAUCAGCUGAAUGGUUAGGAGUCUUGAAUGCCCUUUGCUGCUCCUCCAAGGACAGCCCAGGUUACAUUGAUGUACUGGGACAGGUGGGCCUUCGCGACCCUCUCUCCACACCCACCAUCCACAGUUCCUUGGCAGUGUUUACAGCCAUACUCAUAGCCCGUCACUGCUUCACUCUCCCAGACUUCCUCAAAUGUGUUGCUUUGCCUUCCUUGAUGGAAGCAUGGAAUACAGGGGAGGGCAACCCGGAUGCUGAGCCUGGUGCCCGACUCACCUGCCACCUGCUGUUGAGAAUUUUCAAAAGUGUGGAUACGCCCCAGCCUGCUCAAUACUCCGCUGGUUCUUCUCAGAGUGUACCUGCUGGUAUGUCACAGCGCAGCAUUCGCCUGAGCUGUGACCGCCACCUGCUGGCUGCCGCCCACACAGCCAUCACUCUGAGCCCUCUCUUGGCUGUCCUGAAGGCAAUGCUAAUUGUCAGUGAUGUUUUGAGUGGGCAGAGCAAAAGUCAAGCCUCAAUAUCUGACAUUCUUGGAACAUCGGACUUGGGCAGUGGCUCAAAUGACUCUGACAUGAUGGGGAAGGAUGCCGAGAAAGCCAGUCUAGCUGAUUUUGCACGCUAUGCUCUAAGGCAAAUUUGCUCCCAAGAAUGGGUCAGGGAGCGCUGCCUGAAGAUUCCUGAAGAGCUGUGCAGUGCCGAGAACCUCCUGGACAGUGCCCUUACACCCAGACAGGCUCAAAGAUUGUUGCAUCAGAUCUGCCACCCUGACUCACCCAGCAAUCAUAAUGACUCCUCUCAAGAUCAACACACCAUCAUCUCCCACAUUCUUCAGGAUCUUGAUGAAUGGAGCUUGAGGAUCUCGUGGCUGGAUCUGCACCUGAUGUAUGAGCAACAGCGAGGGUCAGCCCAGGAACUGAACACAUGGCUGGACAAUGUUGCUCAGGCGGCCAUCGAGGUGUUCCAUCUCAACCACGACCAGGACCAGUCACCCAUGUCUCCCUCUCUCUCUGGACAAAAAACACGAAAACCUCAAUCAAUAAUGCUUGUAGCUCCACUCAUCUCCAAGCUUCCUAAGGCUGUCCAAGGCAGAGUGUUGAAGGUUGCAGGUCAAGUUCUGGAAUCUGUCAACUUUGGUGCCUACUCUGGCAACUCCAAGCCAACGGACGAUGAAGCCACCACAGUGGAAGGUGUGGUGGCCAGCCCUCCACCCAGCCACAGCCAGCCAAGCAGUGUCAGCAGCAGCAAUGGGAUGGAGAAUGUGUGUGGGGGCAGGUCUCUGGGACACUGGCCCCUGGCAUCUCACCGGCCCUUCCUGCAGCUGGUGCUAAUGUGCCUUGAUGGCCAGGAUGACCAGCUGUCAGAGCUACUUGAAUCUCUGAGAACACAACUCACACAGUCACUCUUCUACCCUAAAGAGGAGAAGCCUGGGGCCCUGCAAGUUACAUUCCCUGAAGACUGUCGCAGUCGACAACUAAUGCUGGAAGCCCUGAGUUUGAGGUUUGCCCUGGUGGGAGGACUGUUUGAUGUUAUUACCUCCUCCUAUUCAAACUCCAUCAUCACUGAGUGGGCACUGCUGCUGGUCCAUCUUAUCAUCUUUGGGGUCAUUGACCUAACAAACAACAGUGAACUGUUCAACACGGUGCUGGACAUGCUGGCAACGCUGAUUCACUCCACCCUGAUGUCUGAUGCUCCGUCUGAAUCUCGAGAGGAAAACAGAAGACAUUAUUACAACUUGGUCAAGAAGAUAAAAAAGGAUAUUGGUGAACGAAACAAUGUGUCUCUGCGUUUGGUGCGGCAGCUUAUUCCACUACCAAAGCUGCAAGCUGAAGUGAUCACCCUUGAGCCAUGGGGAUCAGUCACAGAUACUAAAGGCAAUCGCUUACAAGAAUUUGAUAAGGACAAAAAACAUGGACUACAAGCAGCAGAAAAGCAAAAGCUCAGUCCAUGGGACCUACUUGAUGGCCACCGUAACCCAGCCCCCCUCUCCUGGGCCUGGUUUGGGGCCACACGACUGGAGCGCAAACCCCUCAAAUAUGAGGAAGCACACCGCUUGCUGAGGUUCCACGCACACACUGUGACCAAGCCUCUUGCCUACUACCUGGAGCCUCCGCCCCUUCCACCUGAAGACCUGGAGCCAGUGCCAGACAAACAGCAAGUAAAGGAGGAAGUUAAAGCUCCUGACACUCCAACCUUAGACCAGUCCCCACGAGGCGCCUCGAAGCGGGGAUGCAAGAAUCAGCGCCCACGUCGCCGUCCAUCACGUCCAGUACCAAGCGUCAACAAUAUGGCCAGUGUUAGCCCCACCAUGCAAGCUAUGCCCUACCAGGCUGCAGGCUUCACUGGACCUGCACCCAACCAGUGGAACACAGGAUUUGGUCAGCAGCAGCCGCCCCAGCAGCAGCAGCCAUUCUUCAGUCAACAGCCCUUGCCUCCAGCUGGUGGUGCCAGGUUCUCUUCACCCAUCUCAAACAGCAGAGUGGCCAUCCGGCAGAUGCUUGGCAAUCGUCAAGCAGGUCCCCCUGCGAUAAUGACACCUCAUCCAUCCAACCCUGCCUUCGCCAACAUCCCCACUGGGGCUAUGCCUGGGAUGGCACGUCAGGGGCCCAUGAUUAGACCUGGCUUACGAGGGGGCAUUGCAGGGCCUCAACAAGGGCCAAUGUAUGGUGGUGGUGGACCUAUGCAGGGAGGGCCCAUGCCUCAGGGAAUGCCUGGCCAGGGUGGCCAGAUGUACUCAGCUAUGGGGGCUGGAGGACCUGGAGGACCCCCAGGUGGCCCGGGUGGACCAGGUCAAGGCAACAUGGGUCAAUAUGGGUCAUACCAACAAGGUCCCAUGCCUAGUGGUCAGAUGAUGACCCAAGGCCCAGGGGGAGGGAGUGUGCCUACAGGACCUGGUGGCCCACCCACCACCAUGAUGGGUCAGGGGUACCAGCCAGGCUACCAGGGUAACCCCGCCAUGAUGGGUCUCCGCCAACAACAGCCUGGAGGGGGAUACAUUGGCCAGGGGAUGAGUCCUUCGCAAAUUGUUCAGCGACCACAGUACAUACAAGGUCCUAGUGCCAAUGGUAGCAUGGGUAUGAUGGGUGCAAACCAAGGUUACACUAGACCAGGAAUGCAACCCAUGGGGCCAGGACCUGGUCAAGGUAUGGGUCCUGGUGGACAGGGUAUGGGCCCUGGGGGGCAAGGAAUGGGACCUGGAGGGCAACCAAUGGGUCCAGGUGGCCAGGGUAUGGGUCCAACCAGUAACCCUAUGAUGAGACAACGCAUGAUGCUGGGUGGGGGGCCUGCCUCAGCCACACAAGCCGGGCCUGGUGGUCCUGGGCAAGGGGGAACCCUGCUGUCUCAUCUGCAGCGUCCUAUGGGUUCAGUACAGCAGCAGCAACAGCAACAGCAGCAACAACAGCAACAGCAACAGCAUCAGCAGCAACACCAGCAGCAGCAGCAGCAACAGCAGCAGCAGCAGCAGCAGCAACAGCAGCAGCAACAACAACAGCAACAACAGCAACAACAACAGCAGCAGCAACAGCAGCAGCAGCAGCAGCAGCAACAACAACAACAACAACAACAACAGCAGCAGCAGCAGCAACAACAACAACAGCAGCAACAACAACAACAACAACAACAGCAGCAGCAGCAGGUAAUGCACCCAACUUCCCAGAGCCUUGGCUACCCACAGCAACCACCUUAUUAGUCCUUAGUGUUGUGAAGUAUCUGUUUAGAAUGUAUAUUUUGAAUUGAAGGUAUUAGUAGAGUUAAGAAAGCUGUCUUUGUAGUAAGAAAUCAUAUUAGCAGGUUUCUUAUAUAAAUAUUGAUACAAACUAAACUUUACUAACCAAGUAUUUCAGUAACUAAAGGUGGGGAAUGUAGCAAGUAUUUGGCACCACAGGCAACCCUCACUCAUUUUUGUUUUAAGUCACUCGUCAUGUGAACAAGUAUUUUCAUAUUAGCCAAUCGGUGCUCAAUUUCAGUAGCCAUUUCAAUUAUACUUUUUUUAUCAUACCCAAACUAUGUUUAUAAAUAUCACACCUAACCAUUUACUGAUAACAUCAUAGACAUUUACAAAACAUUGAGAAACAAUAACAAUGUAUGAACUUCAGAAGUCUUCAACAUCAACAGCCUUCAAAGACGUUGGGUAUUCAGUGGCAGUACCUCGGCAAUGGGGGGCUCAGAGCUACUUCUCAGUAAAGGGCAGCCCUGUUAUCAUUCCAUCCAUGAGCCUAAAUGUCUGGAGUGAACAAAAGAGCAUUGUCUCUGUUUUGCUUCUGUUGUAUGCUGUGAAGCAGAGCACCAUAAUAUAGAAUUAAAAAAAUUCAAAGCACAUAUGAAAAUUCUACCGAGAAGAAAACAUCAAUCCCCUUCAUUAGAAAAACUGCAAUAACACUGAAAAAUCUUGAAAUGUACAGCAACUUCUCGGAAUCGAUCCUGGGCUCUCAGAAUGAAGUCGUCAGGGCAUCACACCAACCGAGCCACUAAAAAGCUGAAUAGGUCAUUCAGAGACAACAUCAACCUUAAUUUCACAUCCAUAUUCAUGGUUAAGAACGUCAGUACCAUUCC